AUGGCUGCUGCCACCAUACCUACGUUGCAGACGCCGUUGACUCAAUUGCUGGGAAUCCAACAUCCCAUCAUGCUGGCUGGAAUGAAUGGAGUAAGUCACUCUGAUCUGGCGGCAGCAGUGAGCAACGCAGGAGGCAUCGGAUCGAUUGGUGGAUUGACAAUGACACCCAAAGUUCUUACCAAAGAGAUUGAGUGGCUGAAGAAGAACUUGGUCGACACGUCGUUGCCAUUCGGAGUCGAUUUGGCCAUUCCCCAGAUCGGUGGAAGUGCACGGAAGACCAACCAUGACUACACUCAUGGCCAUUUGCCCGAGCUCAUAGACAUCAUCGUUGCCGAGAAGGCCAAAUUGUUCAUUUGCGCUGUGGGUGUGCCACCCAAGUGGGCUGUGGACAAACUUCAUGCAGGUGGUGUUGUUAUCGCCAACAUGGUGGGUUCUGUGCGCAAUACCGUGAAAGCACUCGAUGCCGGGGUAGAUAUGAUCAUUGCCCAAGGUACAGAAGGAGGUGGACAUACAGGUGAUAUUGGAACCAUGUGUUUGAUCCCACAAGUGGUCGAUGCAUGCCGUGGUCGCAGCAACUUCUUCGGCUCCCCCGUGGUGUGCGUCGCUGCUGGGGGCAUCUACGAUGGCCGGGGACUGGCAGCAUCAUUGAGCCUUGGAGCUGCUGGUGUUUGGGUUGGUACCCGCUUCAUCUGUGCAGAAGAGUCCUCCGCACCAAAGUCUCACAAAGACAAGGUGAUCGCUGCAGAGAGUCUGGAUACCACGCGCACCUUGGUGCUGUCAGGAAGACCUCUGCGGCUGAUUCCCAACGACUGGAUCCGCAGCUGGGAGAAGGAUCCCAUGAAGCUCAAGGAAUUUUGUGACAAGGGGAUAGUUCCCUUGCAACAUGACCUCAAAGCCUUUGGAUCUGAAGAUCAGCAGAUUCGCAUAGCCAUUUUUGAUGCUGUGAACAGUCUAGCCGGACAAGCGGUUGGUGGCGUCAAGGCAGUGGAGCCUGCGCGCAAGAUCGUUGAAGACAUGGUCACUGAGGCACUGCAUGUGAACCCAUGGCAAGUCGGUUUUGCCUUUUACCCUGGCGUUUGGCUUGGCAUUGAAUGGCACAACAUGGCUGAAAAACAUUGCAUUGAAUGGGACUUUGUGGAUGUUGACGUGCUGCUGGACGUUGUCGAGAUGAGCAAGGAGGCGACGGGGAUGAAUCCGAAGAAAUUCUCUCCUCGUGACCAUGGUGAGCAGAUCUACGACUGUGCCGGCUGUGCCAUCCACAUUGAAGCCAUCCUGGCCAUUCGGGAAAAUAUUGCUGCGAUUGCUGCGGAUCAGCCAAAACAGCUACGUCGCAGUGAAUCCUUCAGACAACUGGCUGCAACUCUGACUGCAUUGAGUACGAUGUCGCUAUGGCGGAUGCAUGCAGAACAAAGCCCCAUCUUCGCAGAAUACUUGCUUUUGGCAGAAGAGGUGGGAUGGGGAGAGUUGGUAGACACCGCGGACACAAAGAUUGGACGUGGUGAUGUGCUGCUCGUGGUGGAUAUGCAGAAUGACUUUUUGGAGCUGGAUCCCAUCAAUCCCAAUGGAGGUGCCUUCGCCGUUGCAGAAGGCAACUCCAUUUGUUUUCAAGUGGUGCAACUCAUAGAGCACUUCGCACAAAGAGGAGGAGAUGUUGUACUCACCAGAGAUUAUCAUCCCAAGAAGCACUGUUCUUUUCUUCAGCAGAAAGGGCCAUUCCCGGAGCAUUGUGUUCAAGGAACCAACGGAUCUUUCUUCUAUGAACCAAUCUCUCAGUGCGUCUCGCGACUUCGUGGUGGUGAUGCUCCAUACCACGAUGAAGUUCGGAUUGCGGUCAAAGGCUUCCACGAGGACGUAGAUUCCUUUGGGGCGUUUGAAUACCCAGAUGAGGCAGAGUCUUGGGAACGGCUGCCACAUACAUCGAAAUGCAAGGAAGAGAGACUGCACGGUUACGGCCUCAAUGCCUGGACUGGGGCUGUCCUGCUGGACAACGCCAAUCAGGAUGCAGAUCCCAAUGCUCCCCCAGAUGUCAUGGCCAUCUAUCGCAGGGAAUCCUUGAGCGAUUGGCUGCAGAAUCGGGGCACGGAGAGGCUCUUCGUUUGUGGGUUGGCUUUAGAUUACUGUGUGCUGGACACAGUGCUGGGUGCAACGAAGAUGGGCUUCAGGAACACCCACCUGGUGCUGGACUCUUCAAGAGCUAUGCAUUUGAAAGAUAUGGGCAAGUUCGGUACUGGCUUCCUCAGCGACCCUGCGAUGAUUCAGAAAAAGCUGAAAAACGCCGGGGCAAAGAUUGUGCCCACCGCAGCUAUUCUCCCUGGAUUUACGCCUUCCAAUCCCUUUUAUGACAAGGCGGAGCUGAAGCAUGGCUUUCCCAAGACCCUCGGGCCUUUCGCUUUGUGCCGCUGCAAGAGGCUGUCGCUUUGGGUGGAUCGCGAAAAGGGAAGCUACAAGGCCACAAGCCCCUUGGAUGUGAUUCGUCAGCUGGAAGAUCGGGACAUUCCACCCACAGGCCGCAUCUCAAAUCCUGUGCCCCUCACCUUGAAGGACGAGGUGAAGAAGAGCCUGAAGAUUCCGCAAGAUGCUACGGAAUACUGCUGGGCAUAUCCGGUAAGCGCAGCGAAGUGGACGGAUCAGGCGUUGGCGUAUUUCUCAAUCAGUACACCAUCUGCGGCCUUUUUUGUCUAUGGUGGCUACGUCUAUUUCGACAGGAUGGGCCGAGUCAAGGGCGUGUUCGCAGUUUCUCUUGGGAACGGUUUGAGCUUCGAAGCGGGACAAGCAUGGGAUCAACGCUACACGGCGGCCAUGGAAAACCGAUGGGUGCACAUCACAGUCCCAUAUUUGCUGGACAAAGGAGCUCGUUAUUUCGCGUGGAUCAAUGGUGGCGAAGUGCUACAGCCUGCUGCCAAGGAGGUGCUCGGAGGUGAAGACUGGAAGGCUCCGCAGCAUGGCUGCUUUGUGUACAAGUUCAGCGAGUCCCCUCAAUUGGCAGUAGCGUGGCGGAACUGGGAGACCGAUCACUUGGAGGAUGAUCGGGACGUGUACUUUGCAGUGGCUGGAUCUGGAGAAGAUUCCAAAGCCUUUGGUCGGAUGGGUGCUGAAGAGCAGGCUUUGCAGAGCCUGCGAAGGCAGCUGGGCGGUGAUACACUUCAAUCUGCGAAUCUCCAGAAGGUGGAGAAGUGCCUACAAGAUUGGGAUGCCAAUAGGGAUGGAAAGAUCAGCGAAAACGAGAUGGCGGCAGCCUUGAAGAUGCUGAAUCCCAAGAUCUCUCCAGAUAGCCUAAAGCGUAUCUUCGGUCAGGCGGACUUGAACAAGGAUGGCUUUCUUGAUGUGGAUGAGUUUAUGUCUUGGCUAUGGCCGGAGUCCAGAACUUCAAGGUGAGGGCUUCCGGUGUGAGUGACUUUUGACUUUUGACCAUGAGGUUUGAAAGUCCAGACCAGACACAACCAGACAAGUGAAGCCGAAUAACGUGAUUUCAGUCUUUCCCAAAGAGCGAAGUGACUGCUGUUCCAAGUGCAGGGCAUAAAUCCUCCAAGAGGACUGGACCUACGUGCAAUCGGAGGAAAUGAUGUGAUUGACUUUUUGAAUGCAGCAUGGUAUGAUCCUGCCCGUCCAGCUUCAAGAGGGC